CUACUUGUGAUCUCUGUCUGUCAAAUAAGUAAAUAAAUCUUAAAAAAAAAAAAAAAAAAGAAAGAAAGAAAGAAAGAAAGAUCUUGAGCUAUUAUUGCCCUGCACUGAAGCUGCCUUCUUGGGAAAGGGCUAUUCUCGACCUCAGUCAGUCCAAGCUAGCAGCUCGGCAGCUCAAGAGAGACCAGUAGCUGAUCACAGAGCAUAGCAAGGACAUUGAUAAAAACUAACAUGCCUCCCUCCAACCCUGAGGUGGCCUAUCCUGCACUGGGCCUGGGAUCAGCUCUACUCAGCCAAUCAAUGACUUAAGGGAGAACUUUCUUAACUCCAGUGGGUGCCCAGAUGAUAAGCAGACACUGAGACACUGAAGCCCAGAGGCUGGGAGGGACAGAGGGAAGAGGAAAACCACUUUUUAAUUUAAUAAGUAUUUACUGAGGCUCCUCCUGAGCUAUGCUCUGAGGUGAACAAUGCUGGGAACACAGCAGUGACAAAGACAGCUGCAAGCCCUGACUCACAGGCCUUGGUCCAGCAGGGGUAGAGAGACCUAUCUUCAGUGACAGCCUGGGGAAUCAGGGGAGACUCCUGGUGAUCAAGAGGGCUUCCCAGAGAAUUCAUAAGGAUAACCAAGGGAAUACUGAGAAGAGCAUUCAAAGAAAGGCAAGUGAGUGCAUAGACAGAAGAGUGUGAAACAGACUGGGGAGUGGGAAGACAGGGAUGGAAGGGUAGGCAGGCCAGAUGAUGCCAUCUUUGUUGCCAGGCUUCAUGGGCUGGACUGUGUCCCAAGGGCCCUGGGGAGUCAGGAGGGUUUCAAGCAAGGGAGGGACAAAGUCAGGUUUGGCUUUUGUAAAAGUCCCCUAGCUACCUCAUAGUGAGUGUACCAGAGCGGGGAGACGGGCUGGGAGUCCAAGGGAAGCUAGAGUAAGGAAUCGCCACAGGCCGCUGGAGCAUGGUAGGACGAUAGAAACGGAGGAGGGGGCUGGUGAGAAGGACAGUCUGGAAGCUGAGUGGAUGGGCCAUCCGGCUGAGAGGCUGGAUGGGAGGGAGACACUGAAGGGCGAGGCCCAGGGCCCUCGCUUGAAGAGGGGGGGCUCUGAGAUGGUGCGGGGAGGAAAUGCAGUUUUGGGGAGAUACAAGUGUGGGACCCAGUGGAUGGUACGGUAUCAGAGGAUUUCCAGGGAGCGGUGUCCAGGACACGUGGGGCCCGUGGUGGUGGUGAGAAGCGUGGAAAGAAGACAGCCAAACAGGGAUCAGAAAGGGCCCACCACCUCAAACAAGUCCUGGGGCAGGCGGAAAAAGCGGGUAACAUGUACCGCACAGCCGACAGCUCUGGGGUGGAUAUCGCUUUCUCUUCUUUCGCAUCACGUCAGGGCUGUGGGGGCGUCUCUCAGAGGAGGGGGAUGCUGCGCAAGCGCAAGCCACCGAAGCGCAUGCGCCCCAGGUUCCCGCUCCACCGUGCCUGGGUAACGUGGUAACCACUGCUGGAGCGCAACGGUAGGUACAAAGUGCUGUGGGCUGGAGCCUAGACUCCAGAAUCUUCCUAGAGCUUACUGGGCCCUCAGACUAGACCCCGCUGCCAGACCUCGGCCUUCCCUCAUACUCCUCCCUCCUUCCCACGCCUGGUGGCCCGCAGAACCUACCCGUUUAAAGACUCUGGCUCCCAGCCCACAGACAUAGCCCUCAGGUCCCCUUCCUCAGUCCCCUCCCAUAGCCCACAGACCCCACCCCAGCACCUAGAGGCUUCCCUCAACCUCAGUCCGUGUCCGCAACCGUCAGACCCUCUCCCAGCCCGCAGAGCCUGCCUCUGCGCCUUAGCCCUUGCCCUGACCGCCCUUCCUUCCACCCCCUCGUGUAUACCCCUUCUCAGGCCAAGCCCUAAGGCCCCUCUUCACCAGACCCUUUUCCUAAACCACUAGUGUCCUUUCCAGAGCUCAGGUCCUGUCCCUGGAGCCCUUACACCCCCUCCCCCAGAGAGAAUGCCCAGCCCCCAGACUCCCUUAGACCCCGGACCUGCUGGUCUGGUCGUUAGCUCUCCCUCCGACCACUUUCCCCAUUCAAACACCUAACAGCAGAGCAGACUCCUCCUGAGUCUCCUCUCUUUCUCACGCGGCCUUCUAGGACUCCCAGCCGGCUCUGUAUUUAUUGCCCCCAAGAGGUCCUAUGUUUACUUCCUCCUCCCUCAUAAGAAACCCCUAGGUGAUCCCUGUCCAGGAGCUGAGUGAGGAGGCCGGAGCCCACAGAUGCCCUCCCUGCGCUCUCGCUUCCCCAUGGAGCUGGGCUCUGUUAGGGAUCCAGAAGCGCAGCUGGGACGACUGCAUCGCUUGGCCCUGGCUGGGGGCCCAGGAUGGGGCCUCACUCGGCUCCUGCGGAGAGUUGUCCAGGUGGAUGGUGAGAACUCCGCUGGGCAGACGGGGCUCUUCCUCUCGGCGCUGCUGGGCCACAGCUCUGCUGUGCAGCUCUUGCUGACCUUUGGCGCCAACCCCAACCACCGCUGCCUCGAUGGCAGCACACCUGUGCACGCAGGCGCCUUCUCGGGCCGCAGCCUGGUGAUGCUGCACCUGCUGCAGGCAGGGGGUGACCUGCGUCUGCAUGACCAGCAGGGUCGCACACCUUGGGACUGGGCUGAGCAGGGUGGUGCCAAGCAGAGCUGGGAGGUGCUGGAGCUCUUAGAGCUGUGCCGAGCCCACAUGUCGGCACUAGUGCAUGACGGUGAGUUGGUGGUCAGUGCAUCCCUGGGCCAGUUGCAGGCCGGCUGUAGACACAGCCUGUGUGGCUCCCUGUCCUUGCCGCGGCGGGAGUGUGCAGACAGGGCACCGAGACGAGAGCGCAUCAGAAGACCCCCCCGAAUUCCAGCCUUGGGGUUUGGCCAGCUGAGCUGCCUGAGGCCACUGGGGCUGGUGACAGGCAUACCCCUUGCGGACCCCAAGGAGCUGCUGCCAGCCCAAGGCGAGCCCGACCGCACCUACGAGAGCAGCUCCCACACCCUCAUGGCCAACCUCCUGUGGAGGGGCCACUCCGUGACAGCUCGGAAGCUGAAGGCACCUGAAGCUCAGCCGGAUGUGCUGUUGGCUGACCUUCAGCACUGCAGCACCCUGCACCACCCUAACCUGUUGCUGCUGAUGGCACUGAGCCCCUCGGCCGACCUGUCGGGGUUGUGCCUCCUCUUCGAACCGGUGUGGCUGGGCUCCCUGCACGUGGUGCUGCACCCCCGUGGGCCGAGUCCAGGAGGACCCCGUGCUGUGCCGGGGCUGCUGCCUGGCCACCUGCUGCUGCAGGUGCUGGAGGCGCUGCUGUUCCUGCAGGCCCGCUGGCACGCCCACGGUGGCCUUAGCUCUCACGCCGUGCAGCUGGUCCGGCCAGGCCUGGCCAAAGUGAGCAGCCUGGAGCACGGGCGGCCCCUGCACCAACACUGGCUGCAGCCCAGGCCACAGCAGGGCUACUCCUGGGGAGGCUCAGGUCCAGGGCUGCCCCCACCUCCUGAACUGUACCCAUGGCUGCCACUUGAGCUCAUCUGCGGUGACACGCCUGCUGCCACCUCAGAUCUCUACAGCUUCUGCAUCCUGGCCCAGGAGGUGUUCACUGGAGGCCAUGGCCCAGGUACGGGAUAUGCUGGCCGGCCGGGAAGUGACUGUGGAACAGUAGGCCGGACCCACAUCACACACUCAGCCGCCUUUCCCCAGGACUCGGCUCCUGAGGUGAGCUCCCGGAUGCACUGGACCUCACGGUGCUCUGCAUCUCAGGAUUUCCUACCAGACACACUGUACUGUGAGGUGGCUCCCCGAACCAAGAUUCCACCCAGGCCUGUACCCCCUGUGAUGUCCCUAGGCCUCUCCCCAUGCCAGGCGCUGAAGACUCCUGAGGUCACAGGCCACAGCAGAGUCCAGAGGGCCUCAGCCUGGGACUCAGACAGCAGCUUGACUCUAGGCAGCAGCCCGAGUCCCGGCUCCAGCCUCUACCCAGGCUCCAGCCCUGCAGCCCCGGUCAGCCUGCACCACUGCCUGGAGCCCAGCUCGACAGAGCCCAGUACCGAGCUGAUCAGAGGAUGUCUCUUCUCCAGCCUGCAGAAGAUGGACCUGCUGGAGGAGAUCAUAGCGGAGCUGCGGGGUGGAUGCCCACUCGGAGACAAGCCCAGCUUUGACCCUGCUCCUGAAAUCGAUUCUUAGAGUGCCUGUGACUGCCUUUCUGCAGACACCGCCCCUCAGAGCCUCCCAGGACGGACUUCCCAUGCAGCACUUGCUGAAAUGAUAACGUGAUAAAGCAA